GCUACUCAGGAGAAACGAAAUGAUCUGCCUUGGAGCCGCAGCAAAAUGCUGGAUGGACACCUACUCCUGGGAUGGUUAUCGUUCACAGUUAUAGUGUACCUUUUCAACUUGCCCGGACCGACCACAGCGUAUUUCGGAUUGACAGGUAAUGAACCCCUGUCCAUUCUACCGCUGAGCUCUCAACCUGAGGAGAACGUGGGAAGGGCCCACUACAAGCUGUGUGACCGGCUCAAACUGGAGAAGAAGCAGCGGCGGAUGUGUCGACGAGACCCGGGCGUGGCCGAGACCCUCAUGGAGGCAAUCAGCAUGAGCGCCCUGGAGUGCCAGUACCAGUUCCGCUUUGAGAGGUGGAACUGCACCUUAGAGGGGCGCUACAGAGCCAACCUUUUGAAAAGAGGUUUUAAGGAGACAGCCUUCCUGUAUGCCGUCUCCUCAGCAGGCCUGACUCACGCCAUGGCCAAGGCAUGCAGCGCCGGGAGGAUGGAGCGUUGCACCUGCGAUGAAGCCCCAGACCUGGAGAACCGCAAGGCCUGGCAGUGGGGCGGCUGUGGUGACAACCUCAAGUACAGCAACAAGUUUGUCAAGGAUUUCCUUGGCAAACGCUCCAACAAGGACCUGCGUGCCCGCGUGGACAUGCACAACACUAACGUGGGCAUGAAGGUGAUCAAAGCCGGGGUGGAGACCACCUGCAAAUGCCAUGGCGUCUCGGGCUCCUGCACCGUCCAGACGUGCUGGAGGCAGCUCUCGCCCUUCCACGAGAUCGGCAAGCAGCUGAAACAGCGCUACGAGACCUCACUGAAGGUGGGCAGCUCCACCAACGAGGCCACGGGGGAGGGGGAAAUCUCUCAGGCCCGGCCCCAGCAGCAGCAGCCCCCAACGGGCCCCAGCAAUGACCCGAUCCCACGCACCAUGGACCUGCUCCACAUUGAGGACUCGCCCAGCUUCUGCCGGCCCAGCAAGUACUCGCCGGGCACCUCGGCCAGGAAGUGCUACAAGGACAAGAACUGCGACGCCAUCUGCUGCGGCAGGGGUCACAAUACCCAGAGCCGCGUGGUGACCCGGCCAUGCCAGUGUCAGGUGCGCUGGUGCUGCUACGUCGAAUGCAAGCAGUGUACACAGAGAGAAGAGGUCUACACCUGUAAAGGUUAGCCCAGUCUUAGCUUCCUGCUCGCCCCUUGCCUCUGACCGGACUCAGCAAGUGGAGGGUGGUUGUUGGUGGUGAAGGGGAGGGUGAAUGGUGUUCUAGGACAGAGGUUUGACUCUCACUCACCCCCCUUGUGGCUGUCAGAAAGAGAGAGAGAGAGAGUUCUGCGGCAGAGGAGAGAGCAAGACGAUGGAGAUGGAGGACCUUUAUAAGCACUUUGAGGGAUUUUCUGUUCUAUGGGUUUUGUUUUAAUACCCUGUGGCCCCAGCCAAUGGUGGUUGGGGUUGCAGGAGGAGAUUGGCCUUGUCUGACAAAAGGGUCAACAUGGGUCUCAUGUUUUCUUGUUGCAGAGUUGGAGCUUUGGAGAAAGGCUACCUCACCUAUUCAACAUGCAGUCAGAUGUGUCAGUGAGAAAAAGCAGCACUUGGCCGCUGUCUAGCAUGCUGUUAAUGAGGAUCCAAUAGAAUGACCGUAAUGGUAAAAGACUGGCUUUUGGGCCUCGCCCAAUGUAGAAAUGUGUGUGUGUGUUAGCGAGUGAGGGUGAAGAGGGGGGUCAAGUUACAACUCAUAUGGCAAUCAUGGUAACCAUAUUCAGAAACUGUUAAGAAGACAGGGUGUAAGAUGUAUUCUACACACACAUAUUUACACGCACACACCACUGUGUGUAUGCAUAUGUAUGUAAAUAAAUUAAAUUGUAUUAUAAUGAUAUUAUAUACACUUGCUACUUAUCUGAAUAUGUUUCAACAAACCACUAACCACACAAAUGUGUUGUUGUUUGUGUGUUCUCGCUCUCUUCUGCUUUUUAUUUUGUUUUGACAAGGCCCUUUGGAAAGCAGCACGUGUGUGUCCUUUGUCUCACUCUGUGGAUCAUUUAUGGACCCUUUGGGACUACUCCUUCACGAGGAGAGAAAACACGCUCAUUUGUCUUUGAUUCUUUUACACUAGAGUGAAAUUGUUGGUGAAUACAUUUUGCCAGUAAUUUUAGGCUACUCUUGGCCUUGAGCGAACUCAACUAAUGUUCAGGGAAUAACUGAAACCACUAUAUCUUAUUUGGACUGAUGGUAAAAAGAAGAAAAAAAGAAAAAGAAAAAGUGUAUGUAAUGAAAGUUCAGUGAGAGAAUGGACUUGCUUUUCUGAGUUUAGUGUCUACUGCUGUCACCGUGACAACAGGAGACCGCCUGACCAGUGGAGAAUGCAUCUUCCAAUCAGAUGAAUAGGGCUCUGACUAUAACAGCUUCUUGGUACUUAGCCCUCUAUUUAAAAAAAGAAAAGCAAAUCUUGCUAGUAAUAAUACUAUAAAGUUGUAAAGAAAACAGCAAAGUGUGGGGAACAGAAGAGAUGUAACCCCUAUACCUAUUCUCUCAUAUCCUUCUUUCCUCUCUCUACACCCCCCAUUUCAUUGAAAAGUAUUAACGGUUGAGAUUGAAAAUGAACAGUAUGGAACAAUGGAAAAAUGGCUUAAACAUUUACACCCUCAAGCAAAUUUGGUAUUUUAGAUAUAGUCCUGCUGAAGCUCACAAUAAUAAGGUGACAAAAUGUGUUUGCGACGACAAAGCAAAUGUAUGCUCUAGCUGUAUGCCUAUGCAUUGUCUAUCCAUUGUUUUGGGCAUGGCUACCACAACUCUACGACUGCAAAGGUACAAUCUCCUUUUGUGUUGUUUUGACAGUAAUUCUCUCUCAGGCAGGUUACUGUUAUGUUGUACAUGUCUAAAAUGUAAUAUUGGAUGCUUGAUGCUUCAAAUGAUGCUUCAAAUGGUGGAAAAGGCAGAGCCAACCUUCUAAAACACCUACAAUAACUCAUGAGAUGCAAAGUCUUUAGAUUUCCUUUAGAUAUACAACCAUUGCCUGUUUUAGGUGGGUGAGAAUGAACUACUGAGUGAGGAACCCAACAUUGUAAGAUAGCCCCGUUCACGCACUGAAGCCUCAGAAGUCCUUUAUCAUUUCCCUUUAAAGUAUUUAAAGAUCCUGUAUUUAUGAGUAUAAACAGUGCAUAAGUUUUUAUUUUCCUUUUGCUUGUUGUAAAUAACAAUGGUUUAUUCUCCUGUGGUAUAGAGACAAGAGUGAGGCACAUGGUAAAAUCUCACAGGCAAGUAAGAGGAAGUUGGUAGCAAUAAGGAGGUUAGGACCAAGACGUUUGAUGCUGGAAAGGCAAGUGGUCAAAUUUAAGUUGACGCAUAAGGCUGCGGCUAAAUCAUGAAUAUGGAGUACAUUGCUGCUGAAAACUUUUGAUUGCACGUGAUCAUCAGUAAGUGAAAAACAUUAGUAGAUAGCUGUGGUCCAAGCUAUUUUCGAGGGCAUUGGCAUGCUAUGUUAGAAGCGGUGACACUCACAGGAUUGAUAUAUGAUUCAACCCACCGUGACUGAUCAAGGAAAAGCAGCAUGCUUUGAGAAGGGAGUCUAGCCUAGCGAAGGUUGGUCGGUUCUUUCUCUAGAGCUGAAUUCCAAACAUGCCAAAUAAAGAAUGGUCAAAACCUACAUAGAACUUUGCACGUUACAUGGAAUCCAUAAUGGCUAUGCUAAGAGCCUGAGCAUAAAUGCCUGCUUCCCACAGCUUCUGGUGAGUGUAUUCUACACACGCUCCUCUGCACAAGACUGGUUCUCUACAGUGGUAAUUUAUUGAACGUAUACAAAAGGUCAACAGAGUCAUGACGAGAGGAAUACAGGAUGCACAUUGCAUGUAUUUUGUAUGUUUUAUACUGUACACGUACACACGUUUUCUUUUUCAAGACAAAGGACGGCAUGAUGCAACGGUUGUUUCUCAAUUUGUCAUUGUCUUAGUCCUUCAUAUUCUAUUUUUGAACUCAUAGCUCUGCACUGUGUAGUUGUCAGUGGAUCAUGUAUACAAAUCUAUUUUGUAGGAAAAGUGAAAACAAAAGAAAGAUAAAUUAUUUUGAGAUAUUUUAUGAGCAUGUGUUUAAUGUAAAUAACGUAAAGUCAAAACUGAUUUUAUAUACCUGUAUUUGUUACUCUAUUUUCCUUUAGGCUUGUAUCGGUGUUUUACUUCUUUGGGGUGGAGGCUUCAAGAGGCAGUGUAUUCUAUAAAGUCCGUUUCUAUAGAUAACUCUAACAUUUGCAGUUCCUAAGCACAAAACAAAUCCUUGCAAAUUUAGUAACUAAACACUUCUCUUCCCCUUUUCAACUGUUAUAUACGACACAUACACAACACAUCUGAAGGCAAUUCUAAAGGCAAUUAAAUAGAUCAUAAUCAGCUGGGUUCUUUUAGGUGAUUGACAUCGCACAGUACUGCGCAAGUAUUUUUCUAGUGUUUCCGAUUUGUAGCGUGAUCAGUUUGUUUGAGGGGUUGGCGAGAGGUGUAUGGGUUCUGUCUGUACCCCGUAACAUAACCUUCUGUGCAGAUAAACAUACUGACCAAACGCAGAGUGGUAUUGGUGUGAACUCAUUUAACUUUUGGUAUACUCUGAUGAGAGGGUCACAUUCACUGUGUACAUUUGUAUUAGGAUUUGUGCUGUGCUUGCCAAUAAACAAAACAAACAUGUAUUCCUCUUUGUGAUAAUACUAUACCAGCAAAGCUUUGUCCAUGUUCACUUAUUCAUGUCUUAUGGGAAUCUAAAUUAUUGUCCUCUACCUCAUGUGUAUAGCUUGUAGGUAUAAACAGAUCACGAAUGACUGGUAAGAAUGUAUUUAAGUUAUUUAACAUCUUUGUAUAACAAAGGCAAG